CAAAGAAGGUCGCCUGCGCAGAACGCUAUCUCGAUAUAUCUCCAUGGGAAUUGCGCAUCGCUUAGAUCCUCGGCGAUCACACCGUUCGCGAACUGAGCUGCUCGUUUCCCUGCUCUUUCUGCACCGUGCAGAGCGAGUUUUGCAGCGAAUUUCGUGUCUUUCGUGGCCACAGUCUACGCGGAGACUGCCGGAAGGAUUGGCCCCAGACGCCGAAUUGGAUAUGCCCAAAAGGGGCGAUGAUCAAUCUGACUCGCUGCGAUUGGCCGUGUGGCGUCGGGAUCAGUAUUUUUCGCAGCCACCGCCCGCACGCGCCUCACAGCACCAUGCACCCAAGGACGUCCUCGCUCCCUGCCAGGUGCCACUCCCGCCUCCGCGCCUCGCGAAGAUGUCUCGCGACGUCCGCGCCCCGCUCUGCGGAAAAGGUGAUCAUGAACCGCUACAGCCGGACCGUCACCCAGGGCAAGAGCCAGGGUGCGAGCCAGGCCAUGCUCUAUGCAACCGAGGGCAUCACGACCGACGAUGAUUUCAACAAGGCUAUGGUCGGCGUCGCGAGUGUUUGGUACGAGGGCAACCCCUGCAAUCGACAUCUCCUAGGACUAGGUAAAGCAGCCAAGAAGUCAUUGACUGACACAGGGAUCAUUGGGUACCAGUUUGGGACUGUUGGAGUUAGCGAUGGAAUUAGCAUGGGUACACGAGGAAUGUCAUAUUCUCUCCAGUCGCGCGACCUCAUCGCGGACCAGGUCGAGACAGCGGCUGGAGGCCAUUGGCUCGACGGUGUGGUCACCAUUCCUGGCUGCGACAAGAACAUGCCCGGUGUCCUGAUAGCCCUGGGCAGGCUGAACCGCCCAGGCAUCAUGUUGUACGGCGGCACCAUCCGCGCAGGGUCCUGUGCGGGCGCGCCAAAGCUCGACAUCGUCUCGGCCUUCCAGGCCUAUGGGAAAUACCUCCAGGAGGGCAAGACCGAGGCCGCUGAACGGGAGCGGUAUCAAACGAUCCGCUACGCCUGUCCCGGCCCAGGUGCCUGCGGUGGGAUGUACACGGCGAACACCAUGGCGAGCGCUGCGGAGGCGCUUGGUAUGACGCUGCCCGGGUCCUCGUCGUUCCCUGCCGAGUCGCCAGAGAAGACGAAGGAAUGCGAGGCCAUCGGGCCUGCGAUGCGCAACCUCCUCGAGAAAAAUAUUCUUCCGCGCGAUAUCAUGACUCGCUCGGCCUUUGAGAACGCGAUGGUUCUGACGAUGAUCCUCGGUGGCUCCACGAAUGCCGUGCUCCACCUGAUUGCCAUCGCCCGCUCCGUCGGCAUCACGCUGACGCUGGACGACUUCCAAAAUGUGUCUGACAGGACGCCGUUCCUCGCAAAUCUGAAGCCGAGCGGUAAAUAUGUCAUGGAAGACGUGUAUAAGCUCGGCGGCAUUCCCAAGAUUCUGGCUUAUCUGCUGAAAAAUAAACGGAUCGACGGAAACAACAUCACUGUCACGGGUCGGACGCUCGGCGAGAAUCUAGAGCGGUGGACCCACGAGCACGGCGAGCUUUCCUUCACCAAUCAGGACAUUAUCCGUCCGCUGGAAAACCCAAUCAAGGAAACUGGGCAUUUGAGAAUCCUCUACGGAAAUCUCGCGCCUGGCGGAGCGGUCGCAAAAAUCACUGGAAAGGAGGGGCUCGGAUUCACUGGCAAGGCACGCGCAUUCGACACCGAGGAUGACUUUGUCGCCGCCGUCGAGAGCGGCUCGAUCAAGAAGGGCGAGAAGACUGUCGUCGUGCUCAGGUAUCUGGGCCCGAAGGGCGGACCUGGUAUGCCUGAGAUGCUCAAGCCGACGAGUCUGAUCAUGGGCGCGGGCCUGGGUCACGACGUUGCGUGUCUGACGGAUGGGCGCUUUAGUGGCGGUUCACAUGGCUUCUGCAUCGGCCACGUCGUUCCUGAGGCGCAGGUGGGAGGACCGAUCGCGCUGGUUCAGGAUGGCGAUGUCAUCUCGGUCGAUGCGGUCAAGAACACGAUGGAGCUGCGGGUGUCUCCAGAGGAGCUGCAGCGCAGGAGGGAAGCGUGGAAAGCGCCCCCGCUGAAGGUAGCGCAGGGAACGCUGUACAAGUACGUGAAGGUGGUCGAGGAUGCUAGUCAAGGAUGCGUUACAGACGCAUGAGAGCCACGCCAGCUUAGAUGGAUGUGGUGCAGGGGAGUAAAUUCCCGUCGGUAGAUAUGUUUGGAAAAGGCGUUUGUUCUACUCUCACAUGGCCCACUUGUUAGUAGGAUUUUAUUUAGAACAAUACGCGCAUUGUUACACUAUGACAGGUUCAUCUCCGU